CUCUUCUCCCCCUACACAUCGGGGCGUUGGAGGCGUUCCCAAUCCGUCGAGGAGAGCAACCGCUCGCUCCAGUAAGUUUCCUCCCGGCCAGUUCUUUUGUUGGGUCAGGAAGAUCUGCUGCAGCUUAUAACGAAGGAUCUCCAGAUUUCUCUACAGGAAGAAGCUACAGGCCGGUUUCUGGCUCUUGUUUCUGAAUGUCAGGCUGCAAGAUGCGCAAGUCUUGUGAGUGCUGCAAUAGAUACUGGACCCAUUUGCAUGGAAAGGUCAAGUGUUUCGUCACGCAGAUGGACGGGAAUUCUAGGCAUAGCAUGGUCAUACCAGAGAGCUUUGUGAACUAUUUUGCAUGGAAGUUGUCAAGAACCAUCAAAUUAGAAGCCCCUGAUGGUAAUGUAUACGACGUCGAAAUCACUGAGCGUAGAAACAAAACAGUACUCAGAUCUGGAUGGGAGGCAUUUGUCAAUGCCAAUCAUAUAGCGGAGAACGACUCGUUGAUGUUCCGAUAUCGUGGAAGUGCUCGCUUCAAGGUCGUGUUCUUUGAUUCCAGUGGUUGUGAGAAAGUGGUGUCCUGUGCUCGCAUACAGAGCAAUAGUGGUGGGCAAGAACCAAGCACAUAUUCUACAGACAUGUCAAGCAGCUCCAGUGAUAGUAAAACUCACUCGUCAGGACGUGGAGGAUCAGAUGGAUGCCAGAGUGGAAGCUCUAGCUAUUGUAGAAAACGAGCAAAGAAAGAUGCACUAUCUUCUCCAUCCAGGAAUUUGUCAGGAGAAGACAGUCCUCAUGAGCAUGACUCCUAUGAGUCGGAUGAUCUCGCACUCCCGAAGCCUCUUUAUGUGUUAUCAGGGAAGUGCUAUGUAACAGAAGAACAUGAGGAACAAAUAGCUGCACUUGUCCAAGAAACUCAACCUGAAAUGCCUCUGCUUCUGGCUAUGGUGACGAAGCCCAGUGUGAAACCAUAUCCGGAUCUGGUAAUUCCUAUGGAUUAUGCACUCGCACACUUUCCACACAAAAGUCAGAUUAUCACAUUCCAGCUGCCUGGACAGAGCAAGAAGUGGCCCUGUGAGUUCCGUGUCAGAUCUGAUGGAGGUCGUUGCAGUCGUUAUUGGUCUGACUUUGCCCGUGACAAUCAUUUACUGGUGGGAGAUCUGUGCCUCUUUCAGCCAAUGAAGAGAGCUAAGGGGAGAAAAUUCAAAGUGAUGGUUCAUCUGAUUCGGAAUGGAGGAGAAAAAAAAUUCUCUUUGGCAUAUGAACAUGGAAUCAGUGAGAAGUCUCCCAAUCAAAAAAAGAAGUCUUCCAAUCAUGGUGAUACUGACAGAACUUGUGAUCUCGCAAUCAUGAUGCCACUGGGUACCUGUCUACCGGAAGUUCAGAGGAAGAAAGUUUUGGCCAAAGUUGGAGCCAUUUCUUCAGAACUGCAUAUUUACGUCACAGUAAUGACCAAGAACAAAGUCUCCUUCUCUUUAUCCUUCAACAGGAAAUACUCUGCUACGUAUCUUCGGAAGGGGAGCCGGAGUUUGGUGCUUCAGGUGGAGGGGAAGAACCAGACAUGGCAUAGCGAGUUGUCUGACAACGGAGGUGCCCUGAGGAUAAGUGGAGGCUGGACUUCUUUUGCCCGCGACAAUCACCUGCGGGAGGGGGAUAUCUGCCUCUUUGAGCUGAUGAAAAACAAGGGGCAACAAAAGAUGAUGGUCUACAUCAUUCGCAGCAAGCAUUGUUAGUUUCACGAUGUUGACAAGAUAAGUACAGAGAGGUCUCUGUUCUCUGUGCUGGCAUUUUGUACAUUCACGAGAGGCUCUUUGCUGCUUUUGGAUCUGGAUGGAUGUGGAAACUAUGGGCAUGGCCAACUACUGACUUCAGUAGAUUGGCAGACUUAUUAUGUGCCCUCAAUUUAAA